AUGGGCAAACUCAGUGACAUCACGACAAAGGCCAGCAAUCGUUCAAGUGGCGCGUCCAAAGGCUACCACGCCAUCUCAAGCCCCAAGGCAAAGGAGAACGUCGGCGGAUCGAAGAGUCCUCAUUUCAUGACUCCAACAUAUGCAUCAAAACAGUCAGCAACGCCUACGUCGGACUAUACGAAGCCUAAAAGUGCUGGCAAUCACUUUCUGAGGCGCAUCGGACUGCGACGAAUGACUGGAACACCUCGAGCAAAGCAGGAACUCCAGUCAAUUAGAAGCAACCGCGCGUCUUUCCCUAGCAAACUCGCCCAUUCAUCGUACACGACGCCCGAUGAAUCGCCACACUCAUCCGAUUCGCAGAGCUCUUCCCGUGACAAACCGCUCCCAACGCCACCAGUUGCACAUCUCGAUGCCAUAGUUGCCGCCAAGUCUACCGUGACUCUAAUUGACGUGAAUAAUAACCGUCAAGCUGACGAGCAGAAGUGGCCAGCAUUGCAACCAAAACGUGUACCAUCUGGCAGCUUGCAGGACGCCAUGCGUGAAUCUGGCCAUGAACUGAGGAAGCAGGCGUCUACUAUCGGAGAUCGCUACCCAAAGCUUAGCGGUAUCGACAAUAUUUCUAGUAAGACCGGAGGUCUCUAUGUUCCAAUUUCAAGGUACUCCCCACCGGACCAGCGUUCUCGGAAAGGGCCCUCAUCCUUUCAUCUGAAGCCGCCAAUCAGUGACAUUGCAACUGCCGCUACUGACCUGCACGACCCCUUCCAAGAUCCUGUUGAUGCGAAUAAAAAGGUAAAUGAUUGCACAGGACAUCCCUCUGCCGUCUCAACCGAAGCCAUCGCAAUCGAGAAGACAGCAAAAAAUCACCUCGCGAAUAUUCCCCAGACUCGUACUUCUUCGGUUCGCACUCGACUAUCUGCUGCAGAUGAGCUAAAUGACCUCGACAUGUCGAAUGAAGACCACAUCGAACCCACAAAGCCGCUUCGCCACAACAGCUGGCGUCAGAGUAGGCACUCUCGUAGAUCUUCAGCUGAACGAGCACUUCUCCCCGAAGGCACCAAGGAAUCUUUCGAUCGCCAUGCUCCAGCUAAAUCCGUCGGCGGAAAACGUCGUUCUAUCCAGCCUCGUCGGCCUGGUAGCCGUGACAGUACCCAUGAUGGAGUCCCCUCCACCGUUCCAAAUGCAUCAACCAAAUCUAGCCAUAUUCUAGGUGCCCAUAACAAAAACGCGGCCCGGAAAAAAGGUCACCGCAGUUCAAUUCCUUUGCCAGUCGCGCUUUCCCCAUCGAAAUCAUCGAAAGACGAAAGUGUGAAAUUGCCAUCUCCUGCCGCUGACUUUGGCAUAUUCGAAGACAAUGCCACGACGCCGCUAAUGCAAGCCACCUCUACUCCAACCAGCCUGCAGUGGCCUGACGCCGCUGCUGUUGAGGCUAGCGCUAUGACGACGCCAGUGCAGGCUGCUUCUACGCCGAUUGAUCAUCCCCGGCCUAAGGCAGCUGUUCCUGACGUAGCCAUGGCAAAGAGCCUUGAGUGCAUUGAUGAAUCGCCUCGACACGCCUACACUAUUCGACGAUUAUCUACGAAAGGCCCUGGCUAUGGACCGAAGCUCUCCAUCUCGCCCAGUGCCGACAGAUACAUCCUCGGGGAAAGCGAUAAAGAGAAUGACGCUUCGACGAACAAAGACACGAAGAGCUCCAAGUCAUUAGAGAAAGCGGCAGAGCUAAGUGGGAAGAUUUCUAUUGCUACCCAGCGACGUCUAAGUCGACCUUCAUCUAGCCUAGGCCCGAAGCCAUGGAACGUGGCGCCUACCGAUUAUAAGAGACCGACUCGCAGUAUGGACCUGAAUAACUCAAGCCAACAUCCUACGCAAGGCUCGUCAAAGAAAGCCAGCUUAAUCACCAACGCCUCGUCCGUCAACGACCCCUUCUACGAUGCGCCAGAGCAACCAGAGCAAAGCACUCCACGAACCAAAACUAGCGGCUCCAUCGCUCAAGACGAGGGAUGGAUCUCGCCCCUCAAGAAACCCGAUGACACCAGCGCCGCGACAACACCAACAAUCAACCCUAACGGCGAAUACGACCCCUUCAAAUACGACGCAAGCACCAGCACUCGCACCACCAAGCCCCCUGCCCAACCUGCUCGCAACCCUCCAGCGACACCAACCAAAACCUCACUGUCUAAAUAUGCCUCAUCCAUCCCCACCGGCCGAGCAAACCCGCCCCUAUCCACCUUACCCCCUCACUCCCCUAACUCCGCUACACCCCCCAAAUCCUUCACCCACCGUCAAAACAACCUAGGCGCAGCACUCGGCAACGGCUCCUCCCAACUAUCCCUCCCUUCCCCCCUUCGCCCCCUUCCCUCCCGAGCACCUCGCAGCCACUCGCCCCGCGCACGCUCUCGGCGCCGAAAUCCGCGCCGCCAAGCACCAUCCCCGCUUCGGGAUCCAAGACGCGCUUUAGUCUGA